AUGACUAUCCAAAAAAUCAUCACGGACCCUGCCCUCCGGGAGUGUCUUGAUGUGGUAGACCGUACACGCCUGCUCUGCCAUCAAAUUCUCACAACAAUUGAAUCCGCUACGGGCGUGGAGCUCCCUGAAGAUAAGCGGAUUGAGAGAUCACGGACCCAGAAACAACUCAAUGCACUAUUGACCCAAAUCAAGGGGCUGCAUCGGGCAGCGAUCAUGUCUGCUCGUGAGGCCAAAGAGGUUACCAGCGAAGUCCGCCGGGAAGUCGAUCGUCUUCAUCUACAACUCCAAAAUCUCUACUAUGAACAACGCCACCUUCGCGGUGAGAUUACUGCUUGUAGAGAAUUCCCGUAUGUUUGACCCUUUCUCUUCCCUUCUUUUUUUUCUUUUUUUUCUGCUACAUUAUUAUUGCGACCAUCACUUGACCCGGGCUAAAAUUCCGAAGACAUCAGUACACAUCUCUGCCCUUGGUCUCUGAGGGCAAGUUCUUGGCUCUGAAUCCCGAACACCAAGAUGAUGACCCACACAAUCUGAUGAUUGCGCGUCUAAACAACGAGAAAGCUGUACGUGAGGAAUUGGAAAAACAGAGAAAGGAGCUUCUUGUCAAGAAGCAAGCGCUUAUCGCGGAGAACAAGAAGCGUAAAGACGACCUCGCAAGCUUAGAUGAGCAAUUAAAGAAAUUCAGUAUGAUUCCCUUCCUCCGUUUUUGAUGUGAAUUAUUGGAUGUUUUCCGAUUUCCUAACGAGUUCAUAUAGUCGAAGUAAGUUUCCCAAAGAUGGCCUGGAUCCUCUCAGGCGCAUGGCAUACUAAUCAUACCAGUCAUCGAAGCCUAUUCAAAAUACUUUCCAAAAGGAGUACUAGCCAUUCAUCUGAAUGCGCCGUUCUACGCAUUUUAAUCCAAUCCGCCGCACCUCCUAUAAUAUCGUUUUGUGCCCUCUAUCUAAAGCAAAAUCGAAUCUACUGGUGUCUAUGGAGAUGUGUCCGUGCAACAAAGCAGGACCAUUCCAAAUUUCCACGGGCGAUAAAAUACUGUACUAGUGGUCGGAUUUGCCCGGAUUUCUAUUUUUUCCCUUUUUUUCCCCCUCCUUCCUGCGCCAGGAUAGUUGUGUCUCUGUCAUUAUUUCCCUCAUCGACAUUUUUUACACUCAAUGCAACUGCCCUUGUCAACCUUGUGUAUAGGCAGGAGUUAUGGUAUCCCAGGCCUCGCACCUCUAUAUAGCCAAUCAACCGUUUGAUCCUGUUUUCUCUCUGUCUGGCUUUUCAUAGUUAAGGCAACCGCCGCAAUUUUCCAGUUUAGUCUAGUCCUUUACUCGGGGAAUUUUCCCGCUUAUUCUGGAUACAAUCCUCACCGACUUGUCAUCACUGUGACCAAUGAAUGCAGGAUGCAGAAACAUUGGGUUGCAGUCAGAUAUCUCCAACCGCAGCCGCACUAUAAAAAAAAUCAAUAAAUAGAUUGACAAAAAAAAAGAGGUUGGAACUCCGGUACGUAAAUCUCCUGCCAACAUGAUUGGCCUAGUAUACAGUAUGACGGAGCCGCAAUUCACUGACGACCACAAGUGUCUGGUCCGAUAAUGCAAUUUCUAAGGCCGAUUUGUUCCCGGAACGCUUGCGGCACAGAACAUUGCUGUGCACCUUACAGAUGUCACAGUUGCCCCCUGUGCGUCCUUCCCCCUAUGAUAGGGACAUCAGUUGAUCGCUUAAAGUCCUGCUACGGCCCCGCUCAUCUUGGCGGGGAAACACGUCCGCCGUCUGAAAUGCGCGACCGAUGGUAGAAUUGAGUUCAGGUCAUCAGCUGUUAAGGGCUAUCCUUUAUCUGGGUCCAGCUCUCACUCUCACUCUCACUCUUGUCCUCCACCAGGGCCCAGUAUAUUCCUUCAGGAAUAUCAACUAUGUGCCUUAUCACAAGUGCUGAAUUACCAUUUACUUACUGUGCACCGCUGUCAUUGUUGCUGUUAUUGGCCCUUAUCUACGAUAUAGUAAGAAAAGUUGGCCCGGGGGAUGUGAACUAAGUUUUGGUGGUGUGGUGGCAGGAUGUUUCAACCAAACAAAUCCUUGGAUACGAAGAUCGUUAGAUAACUACCCCAUCGUGCAGCGGCUACAACUGUACCUUGAGAUGUUAUCUCAAUUUAGAGGCUUAUCUUUUCACUUGCUACUGUUUCUGCGCAAGAUUUGAAAUCUCUUACCCUGCGAGAUAGAUAAAUUAUUUUCCACCCGCACCUUAAUCAAGAGAAGGGGACAUAUGAGUACUAAAUUUGUCCUGUCCAUUUUUUCCUU